UUGUGUUGUUGUUGGUCGCGGUAAGAUGGCGGCGAUCGGGGAUGGAUCAGCUCCGGCGGUGAAUGGGUUAAUACAACAGUUCAUAGCGAUUACAGGUGCCACAGAGAGUGUGGGGAAGCAUAUGCUCGAAGCAUGCAACAACAAUCUAGAAAUGGCAGUGACCAUGUUCCUGGAUGGAGGGGGGAUCGCAGAGGAGCCCAGCACCAGCUCCAGCUCAGCAGGGGCCUCCAGCAGCAGAGCUCCCCCCGCAGAUGACCAAGUGCGGGCGCCCAUCCCUCAGAAGCAGGACAUACUGGUAGAGCCAGAGCCUAUGUUUGGAGCACCAAAGCGACGAAGACCUGCCCGGUCCAUAUUUGACGGUUUUAGGGACUUCCAAACAGAAACAAUCCGCCAGGAGCAGGAGCUGAGGAACGGCAGUGCGGUGGAUAAGAAGCUCAGCACCCUGGCGGACCUGUUCCGGCCCCCCGUUGAGCUCAUGCACAAAGGCAGCUUUGAGACGGCGAAGGACUGUGGUCAGCUGGAGAACAAGUGGCUGAUGAUCAACAUCCAGAAUGUGCAGGACUUUGCCUGCCAGUGUCUCAACAGAGACGUGUGGAGCAACGACGCGGUCCGGACCAUCAUCAGGGAGCACUUCAUAUUCUGGCAGGUGUACCAUGACAGUGAAGAGGGCCAGAGGUAUAUCCAGUUCUACAAGCUCAAUAAGUUUCCCUAUAUCUCCAUUUUGGACCCCCGCACAGGUCAGAAGAUGGUGGAGUGGAACCAGUUGGACGUUGCGUCGUUUCUGGAACAGGUGACAGGCUUCUUGACGGAACAUGGCCAGCUAGACGGCCCAGCGUCCAGCCACCCGCCCCCGGCCAAACGGGCCCGCUCCGAAAGUCUGAUAGACGCCAGUGAGGACAGCCAGUUGGAGGCAGCCAUCAAAGCCUCUCUCCAGGAGACCCACUAUGAGUCGUCCUCCGCCCCCGACCUCCCCGACUCCCCCCACUCUGUAGAGGCAGACACGGAUGGAGACUCAGACGCGGAGCCCUUCUCCGACAGCGAGGGCCUCAUCUCUGUCGACGGCUCGGACAACGAGACAACAGAACCCCAGGAGGGCAGCUCCUGCUCCACGGGCGGAGACACCCCUCCUGGACCAGCCCCUCCCACAUCCGCAGCUGUAGCCCCCCAGCCCCCGCCACAGCCGGACAGCCCACCUGCCCGUCACAGGAAGUCCCCCCACAAAGAGAACAGCCACAGGAAAGAGGAGAGCAAAAAGAACCACCUGGAGCCUCUGGCGGCUGCGCCGGCCCGCUCCCAGGCCGACCCAGACUCAGAGCAUCGUUCUGAGGGGAACCAUCGCACCUCAACGGGCCAAAGCUCCAAAUCUGUUAAGACGGAAACCUCCGACCUCGACUGCCUUGAUGACAAUGGUCCCAAGGCCAGACUGAUGCUGCGCUAUCCAGACGGACAGAGAGAGCAGAUCGCCCUGUCGUCCAAGGCCAAGCUUAUGGCUCUGGUUAGACAUGUCCAGUCGAAGGGCUACCCCAACGAACGCUUCGAGCUCGUCACCAACUUCCCCCGACGGAAGCUGGCCCACUUGGACUAUGACGUCACACUGCAGGAGGCGGGUCUUUGUCCACAGGAGACUGUAUUUGUGCAGGAACGGAACUAAGCCAUGCAUUUUCUAUCUUCAGACCACGCCCAUUUCACCAGUUACCCGGGAGGACGUUACAGGCCGCUACUCCUGGGCUUUUUUUAUUUUGGAAUUAGACCAUGCUCCUAUUUGGGGACACUGAACUGUGGAUGAACUUCAUUACCCAUCAUUCCACUGGGAGGAAGUGACUGGCCUGUGUACUCUUUUUAGUAGGCAUUGUUGUUCAUCGUCAAUUACCGAAUGGAUUCUAUUCUGAUUUUAGUUUUAUUCUGAGGUAAUAAACCAAUCGGAGUAGAACACCUUAAUGAUACUGUUAGAAAUAAGCUGAGGCCCCCAAAUAAUGAUCAGAGCUGGCAUCAGAGUUGGCUCAGGAAAACGUUACAGACUAUUAUCCCUAAAGGAUGUCAAAUGUCAGAUAUUUUUUUUGAAGUUAAUACUUAUUUUUUGAUUCAUGAACACCUACAGCCAGGUAAAGGAGCAACUUGAACUCUGAUUGGUCCCAAAUUUGCUCUUUUACGUGUUGAUUGGGUGAGGAGGGGACUUUGACUACAGGAAUCGAUGGAGAGGGGUGUAGGGUCGUUCAAGGGAUUCUUUUUUUUGGGGGGGGGGUCCUCAACUGUCAGCCUGCACUACAGGAGUGGUGUAGUGAUUGACAUUUAGUCUUAGUGGAUAUAUCAUUUUUUUAAAUAUUUUUUUUUUCUACCCCAUUUCCAAGAAAAGAUGCUGAAAUAUAAUCAUAAAAACAAAGGGAAACUUG